UAUAUGAACAUUUUUUUAUUUUUAGUAAUAUUAUUUUUUCGCUAUCCUACGCGUUUUGACAAUAAUCAUAACGCGGUCAGGAAAUGUCACUGUCAAAGAGAGAUCUUUUUUCCUCUAGCAACACAGUUUCUUUUUCAGUCGACGGGUAAAGGGAAUAUCCACCCAAAAUGGGUAAGAUUAUGAAACCAGGAAAAGUGGUGCUGGUCCUCAGUGGCCGGUACGCGGGCCGCAAGGCGAUCGUGGUCAAAAACUACGACGAAGGCACCUCAGACAAGCCUUACGGACACGCUUUCGUCGCCGGCAUCGACAGGUAUCCCCGUAAAGUGCACAAGAGGAUGGGCAAAAACAAAAUCCACAAGCGAUCCAAAGUAAAGCCUUUCGUCAAGGUUGUCAACUACAAUCACUUGAUGCCCACUCGCUACUCAGUUGACUUCAGCUUCGACAAGUUCAGCGCAAAGGACCUGAAAGACCCCGCCAAGCGCAAGAAGCUCCGUUUCAACACAAGAGUGCGCUUCGAAGAGAGAUACAAGAGCGGAAAGAACAAGUGGUUCUUCCAGAAGCUUAGGUUCUAAGUAAUUUUAAAAAAUAAAACAUUACAUUCGUAAUGA